GAGAGCGUGCAUUUUCUGCGCACACCAGCACCGUGUGGAGACAGAAAAAUAAUAAUUAAUAUAAUAAUUUAAGUCUCUUUGAAACAACAAUACCAGCACAUGAACACAUGAGGGUUCAGUCAGGCUUCGGAAUGUUACAACGUCACAGGUAGAGGUCUCAAGACCCACCUUUCCCCUAACCUGUCAUUCUAUAAUGUUUCUAAAAACAGUUCCUCCUGUGGUGGCAGUUCACUCAGAAUGGAGGUCCGGUAAGAGUUUGAGCCUGCCACUGUGCUUCAAUGAUAGUGCUUCAGACAGUGACUUUGUAUCUUCAAGUGGAACCCCAAUCCCACACAAAGUCCAGAUGAUCAUUGACAGCCUCUGCAGCACACAGUCCUCAGAUAUGAGCAAUGAGGUCAACGCUAGUGCCCAAUCUGGCCUCAACCUGCCAAAACCAUCAUGUGGUGGACAAAAAUCUUGUCACAUGGACACACAAGUAAGGUCUCGACGAGUAGCAACAGAAAGCAGCAAGCUUCAUGCAUCUGGCUCUGAUGCCACUGAAGGGUCAGACAGUGAUGAUUCAGUAGAUCGAGGGAUUGAGGAGGCCAUUCAGGAGUAUCUGAAGGAGAAAGUGGACCACAAGCCUAAAAUGGAGCAAAUAGAGAGCCCAUUACAGACACCUAAAAUUCAGCAUGGAGGCAAUUGUAUGUUAGACACAUCUAAACAGAUCAUGCAUUCCCCCAAGGUGCUAACCGCUAGCAACCAUACCUUGAAAGGUUCAAAAGGAAUCCAACCAUUGGUAGCCUUGAAGAAAAAGAAAAAAACGGUCAAGGAGAACCCACUUGGUAAAUCAGGUGCUGCCAGAGGCCUGUCUGUAAAAGCUCCACCUUCCUCUGGAACACCUUCCUGUUUGCCACAAAUGGAUUGUAAACCACCUUUACUCAGAAUAAAAGUGGAUGAGGAUGAUUUAAUGGAUUCAAGCAGUGAUGAUGGUAUUGAGGAAGCCAUACAAAAGUUUCAGCAAGAAGAAAAAGAACGUCACGAGGGCUUGAAGUACUUUCAGCUGAAGGAGGAGCUGGACUCUAGUAGUGAUGAUGGAAUUGAGGAGGCAAUCCGAAACUAUCAACAGGAAAGGCAAAAGGAAAAUGAUCACAAACUUCCCCUAAAGCAGAGUUUUUUGGUGGCUGAUCAAGUUGUUGGCAAGCCUCUUAAAAAAUUAGCGAAGAAAAAGAACAAAAAGAAAAAUGCAGUGCAGCCUAUAGAGAUGAAGUGUGAUUCUCCUAAACCUGUAGGCCUUUCUCUGAGCAUGUUGCCUACAUGUUGCUUGAGAGCCAGUGGAGAUUCAUUGUGCUCCACAACAGCUAAUGAUCAACAGGAUUCACGGCAGAUUCACUCCACACUCACCGUCAACACCACUGCUGAGCUGAUGUGUGCCGAGGCCAUCUUGGACAUCUCUAAGACUGUCAUGCCUGCAGCAUUUGAGCCCACCUUGGAUGUGACCAGUGCACCUACAACAGAGACUCCAUCUUUCCUUUCAACUGCCGUUUCAUUGCAGCAGUAUAAAAAGAGUGAUGAGAGCUCUGUGGACAGUGAGGAUGGAAUUGAGCAAGAGAUUCGUAAGUUUCUGGAGCUGAAAGCAAAGCUGCAUGAACAGGCAACAACAAUUGACUACCCUGGAGUACCAACAGGAACUAAAGUUCCUCAGCACAUUAAAGUUGAGGAGGAUCAGAACAAACCACUGAGACUGUCCUUCUCACGAAAAAGAAAACGGAAAGAAGACAGCAAGAGUAAACAAGGAAUCGCUGCUAAUACUUUGAAAGAGGAGCCUUACCCCAAGCCCUUAACCCCGACUGACUUAUCUCCUGUUAUAUGGCACACCUGUAGCCCAGAUCCGGUAAAGAACAGCAUCCCUUCACAGAACUGUCCCCACUAUAGCAUUAUAGAUGGAUCCACAUCCAUGAUCAAGGCUUCCACCUGUGGAAACAGCCCCAAAGAGUCUUUUAUAGGCCCUGAGAGGUAUUACAAGAGUGAUAAGAGUAGCUCAUUGGACAGUGAUGAGGAUCUUGAUGCUGCAAUAAAAGAUUUGCUAAAGACAAAGAAAAAAGUGAAAAAGAAAGUCAGGGACAUGAAACUCAAAGCACGAAAGAGUCUUAAACCUAUGCGACAGCCAGGUACUGACAUCUUAAAAAAAAAAAAAUCUGUCAAGGAUCAAAAAUUGGUUCUUGCAGCUAAACCCAUAAAACCCAAUGCUAUAAAAAGCAACCAAGGGCUCAUGAGCAUACCUGGACAAGACAAAGGUGCAAAACCUAAAGGUUCAAAGACUCAAAAGAACAGCAAGAAACCUAAAUUGUCUACAAAGGAAGACCAGGGCUCUGGAUACAAGAUAGCAGUCUACAGCACCCAGACUACACAUGUUGAUGAGGACAGUAGCUCCGUCGACAGCGAUGACAGCAUUGAGCAAGAGAUCCGUCGGUUCUUGGCUGAGAAAGCAAAAGGGUCAUCUGCACCAAUGAGCACAGUAAAGCAGGAUAACGCUGGAGGUGCAGAAGUUGCAUUCAGUACAUUUGGAGAGAACAAUGUUAAAACAGAGGAGCUUCAGUUAAAUACGUCUGAUCUUAAAAGGGCUUCACUGAGCAUUGUCCCAAAUCAGGAAGACCAAACAUGGGACACUGCAAUGAACGUUAAUGGACCAGCUUCUUCAUUUGUCAGCUAUUGCAGUGUAGAGGAGGACAAGACAGGUGAGAGGACUUUACAUGAGUGCAAGAAAAUAAGUUUAGAUGCCGGGAAGGAUUGGCCUCAAACGGUAACAGGAAAAUGCACAGACAGAACAGAUUCAGAACCAGUUGGCCCACAGGAGCCCAGGAGUGCAGUGCAGCAUCAGAACCUGUUUCUGAUGAAGCAUGAUAACUGCAGCAUAAAUACAGCUCGGGACAAAUCUUCAGUGGACCUGUUGAACAAAUUGCAGAACAAAAGUAAAAUUCCUCUUAUAGAGGUUAUCAGCACUGUGUGUCCCUCUCCACCCCAAACAGAGAAACACUUCUUUAGCUCCACUUCAGAGACUCUCAUGGUUGCCAGGGAAGACAGUCAGGAAAGCCCUGCUGAGAGCAGGUCAGAUUCAUUCGACCUGUGCAGUUGGGAAAAGAAAGGACAACGGGACCAACCGCCUAAUCUAACCUCUAUCAUCAGACACACACCCUCAAACCCUGCACACCUAUCCCGCCACCUCCCUCCUUACCCCUCUCAUCUUUCAUGUGUCCCCUUGCCCCUCGCCUUGUCCCAGCCACGUGCUGGUGCUAGCUUGGUGCCCCUGCGCAGAGAUCAGGCCUCAGUUGUAGCUCUGUCGGCUCACAAGUCCAAUCACCUGCAGCUUAGAAAUGCACAGAUAGAUGCCAGAAAAAUGAGUGAAGGGAGGGAGGAGGAGGAGGAGCAGAGAUGCAUAGAUGAGACAGAUGUAGAAUCAGGUGAAGAGAGGACAGAUAAGAGACAGCAGCAUUGCAGCCAAUCUCUGUCCACCUGUAUUGAUCCAGGUGUGCAUCUCAGUCCCUACAUUGCCCUAAAUACAGAGGAAAGGAGCAAGAAAUUUAGACACAUUAAGCAGAGACACAGAGUGCUGAAAUGUGAAAAGAGAAAGCUACAGUUUGUGUUCAGCAGUGUAGUGAUGAACAAGUUGCAGAUUUGAUUUAAAAAAUAAAUGUGCAAUGUACUACUACACCAUGUUACAGGAGUUAGUUUUUUUUUUUCUUCAGUUUUUGAAUUA